CCUCCUCAUCUCAUCCCACACCAAUUCCUACUUCAAAAUCUUCAUUGAAUCCAUUUGGCAAUAAUAUAUACUUCUGUCCUCAACCACUCAGGCUACAUUUGAGCAUUUCUUAGAGUUUCUUGUGCUUAGUACUGUAAGUCAGAAAUGGACAGGGUGACAAAGAUGGCAUCAGAGAGGCCUGUGGUGAUCUUCAGCAAGAGCUCCUGCUGCAUGUGUCACACCAUCAAGACCCUCUUCAGUGACUUUGGGGUGAACCCAAUGGUUCAUGAGCUCGAUGAGAUGGCUCGAGGGAAGGAAAUUGAGCAAGCCCUUUUGAGCCUUGGAUGCAGCCCAUCGGUGCCAGCUGUAUUCAUCAGUGGCGAGCUCGUGGGCGGAGCCAAUGAAGUCAUGAGCCUUCACCUUAACCGCUCCUUGAUCCCAAUGCUCAAAAGAGCAGGAGCUCUUUGGGUAUGAGAAAGUACUACUGACCUUAUCAGUCAUAUCAGGCAAUAAAAGUCAUGUUUUUUUUAUAAUAACUAUAUAUGAGAUUAUAAUGCAGGCAUCGGAUAUAGAGUGACAUAUAUCCAUAUUAGUGUUGGAUAUAGAGUGAUAUAUAUCCAUAUUAGUGCAUAGCUUAUGUUACUAGAGUUUUGUAAUAAGAAGGCUAACAUGAUCGACUGAGUUGUAAUGUAGCCUUUUUCUUUUUUUUUUGGGGUACUUCAAUGUGGCUUUAUGGCCUUGUGGAGUUUAUAACAGUGUGCUUUAGCCAUCAUGUCAGCUGUGGCUUGUUAUCAGCAUU